AUGGUCAAGUAUGGCAAGCAGGGCUUCUCCAUUUGCGUGCAGUGUGGCAACUGGGCGUGGAAUUGGAGGCUCAAGAAGCAGAAGGGGGUGUGCGCUGUCUGCAACACCCCUCAGCCAGGAUGGAGUACUACGACGAGCGGCACGUGGUGGGCGCCGUGGUCCUCGGGCGGCGGGUGGCAUGACCAUGGGAAGUCUAAGCCGUCUCUCGCCAACUUCGGGGACUACCUGUCGAAGGCUCUCGCUGGUGCAGGGCUCGAGGGGGACCCAGACGCGGCGCGCCUUGCGACGGAGUUCAGCACCCUGGCGUCCCAGAAGCUCGCGGCGGCCCCUGCGCCGCCGCCCAAGCCCCAGCAUGCGCUGCUCAAGGAGGCCACGGCGGAUUGCUCUCGCAAGCAGGAAGCCUUGGAGAAGGCCGCGGCGAAGCUGGAGCAGUCCCGCCUCCAGCUCGAGAAGGACCAGGCCAAGUUCGACGAGGCGGCGGACGCUGUCUUGGCCGCUGAUCUGUACCGUCUGGAGGUGCAGGAGGCGGCGAACCCGCCCGAGGCGGCCACCAAGCAGUCGGGCUUCGUCCUGGACCCUGGGCUGUUCGAGUGCCUCGAGGAGCUGGAGGAGUCCGACAGGCAGGCGCUGGAGCAGUUCCAGAAGCAGCUGGAGGAGGUCACCCAGCUGGUCGACGCCAAGCAGAAGGAGUUCCAGGACCUGCUGGAGCGUACGAG